CAUUGAAAACAUGCGACCACACUUUUGGUGACGCCCCCGGGAGGUCACGUGGUGAGGCCAUGUCUCGUGACGCUACUGAGGGGCGGGUUAUCAACAACAGUCGGUCCGUGCCGUUAUUGAGAGACGGAGCUCGAGUGUUGUUUUGAAUUUGCUAAAAGACACUGACUGGAGGGGGGUAGGGUCUUUGGAUAAGAUGGCGGAUGUAGGAGACGAUGAAACUCGGUCGAGUCUUCCUUCAGCAUCCCGUAACGGUCCAGUUAUCGGUUCGUCCGCGAGCACUACGGGCCACAACGCAGCGACAGUAACGUCAGGUCCACGGAUAGUGAGGAUUGUUAAGUCCGAGUCUGGCUACGGUUUCAAUGUUCGCGGUCAAGUUAGCGAAGGAGGGCAGCUUCGGAGCAUCAACGGGGAACUCUACGCUCCUCUUCAGCAUGUCAGUGCUGUUUUGCCCGGAGGUGCGGCAGACCGAGCUGGAAUAGCCAAGGGUGACAGAAUCCUGGCGGUUAAUGGGGUGAGCGUGGAAGGUGCCACUCAUAAGCAGGUAGUGGACCUGAUCCGUGCAGGGGAGAAGGAGCUGGUCCUGGCUGUGCUGUCUGUUCCACCUCAGGAGGCUGAUGGAUUGGAAGGAGGAGAGGAUGUCCAACCCAACUAUGACUACAGUGACAAGCAGGCCGUGCCCAUUUCCAUUCCCACAUACAAACAUGUAGAGCAGCACUCGGAGAGGUUUGUGGUGUACAAUGUAUACAUGUCAGGUAGGCAGCUGUGUUCAAAGCGCUACCGGGAGUUUGCCAUCUUGCAUCAGAACCUCAAGAGGGAGUUUUCCAACUUCAACUUCCCAAAGCUUCCUGGGAAAUGGCCUUUCUCCAUGUCCGAACAGCAGCUGGAUGCUCGCCGUAGAGGCUUGGAGGAAUAUCUUGAGCGAGUCUGCUCUGUGCGGGUGAUUGGGGAGAGUGACAUCAUGCAGGAGUUUCUCUCGGAAUCAGAUGAGAACUACAAUGGCGUGACAGAUGUAGAACUGCGGAUAGCCCUGCCAGACAAGACCACCAUCUCUGUCAGAGUGCGCAAGAACAGCACAACAGACCAGGUAUACCAGGCAUUAGUGCUGAAGGUUGGAAUGGACAGUAUUAUGGCAAGCUACUUUGCCCUUUUUGAAGUCAUCAAUCACUCCUUUGUACGAAAGCUGGCCCCGAACGAGUUUCCCCACAAACUUUAUGUGCAGAACUACACGUCAGCAGUGCCAGGGACUUGCUUGGCGCUCCACAAAUGGUUGUUCAGCUUUCAGGAAGAAGAGUUGCUCAGAGACAACCCACUGGCCUUGCACUACUGCUUUCACCAGGCAUUGGAUGAUGUGAAGAAGGGAUUCAUAAAAACAGAGGACAAAUCCUACCAGCUGCAGAAACUGGCAGAGCAGCACAAGAUGGCCACGUAUCUGAGCCUGUUGCGGACAUGUGAGGGCUACAAUGAGGUGGUGUUCCCCCACUGCUCCUGCGACUCCAGGAGGAAAGGACACGUUAUCACCGCUAUCAGCAUCUGUCACUUCAAGCUGCAUGCUUGCACUGAGGAUGGUACGCUGGAGAACCAGGUGAUUGCUUUUGAGUGGGGGGAGAUGCAGCGGUGGGACACUGACGAGGAGGGCAUGGCUUUCUGCUUCGAGUAUGCCAGAGGAGAGAAGAAACCUCGCUGGGUCAAGAUCUUCACUCCAUACUUUAACUACAUGCACGAGUGCUUUGAACGUGUCUUUUGUGAGCUGAAGUGGCGGAAACAGGUUGAGGAAGAGGCAUCUGACAAAGACAACAAAAACUGCAGUAACAGUGAGUAUCUGCCUCCUCUGGAGACACAGCAGAAGGGAUGGCGCCACCUAGGGGGGGAGAUUGCAACUUCCUAAAACCCUUGGUCAUUGUUCAAACUAGAACUGGUCCACUUGCAUCAUCACAGCCACCCCAGAGAGCGCCCAUCGAAAAACACAGAACUGAGUGACAGGCUAAGGUGGCCCAUGCCCCGAAAACAAACUGAAAGUGACCAAUUUGGAAUAGUCACAUUUAGCCAAGCCCAGGGAUACGCACAGCAAGAAGACCAGUGAAAGAAAAUAAUGGAAGCCAACUUUCAUGUCAUUUACUAGAUCUCCAUAGCAUAUCUGUUGAUUUCCUCCAUGCAUCCGCCCUGUGAUGUGGGCAGGACAUGUGCACCUUCUUGCCACUGGUUGAGAUCUAACAGAUGCAUACAGUGUGUGACUUGGUGGUUACAACAGCUCUGUGGCACCAUCUGCACAAAAGGAGCACCUUGAUGCAACACCACGUGACGAGGGAGCCGACACCCAGGAUGGGAUUGUGAUGAUCGACUUGGUCUGAAGCUUGAUCUGAAGCUGACGGAGAAUGAUUGAGAUGAAAAUAUGGGAGGAACACAGAAAAAUGGGAUUUUCACUUCUUUCACAGUUGGUGAUGAAGAGAGAAGAUUCACACUUUACACUGAUGGUGGGCAUAAACAGAAAAAUAUUUUCUAUCUGUGAGCUCAGAUAUUCUGUCAGAAAACAUAAGUGACACAAAUGUAAUUAUCUGAAAACUGAUGUGAGGGCACAUGUUCAUAAUUAUGUGUAUGUUUAACAGUGUCUUCUGAUAAAAUAUAGAUUAAUAUAACACCUAUAACAAUUGGUUUCUUGAUCUAACAUAGUGGAACACUAACUGAAUUGCAUUCAGGCUGGUCUAACUCGUCUCCAUUUUUCACCUUGUCUUCUGGUGUAACCCACACUAUUCAAAACGAUGUUUGUCUGGGUAUUUAUCCUCCUCGCAAGUAUUUGCUUGUGGUGAUUGUGCAGAGCUUAGAAGCUGAAAGGAAGGUGCUUUCUCAUUGCUGUGCAGGGACGAGUACUUGAACAAAUAAUUGAUGGUUAUGAAAUGUCACAUUCUACACAGGGAAUCUGACCGACAGAUUAUGAAUAUGCAGAUGGGAGAAGAGCGUUUUUGAGUGCGGGUCUGUUGAUCUGCAGUUUUCUGAACGGGCAGCAGGAGGCAGCAGAGUAUAAGAGAUGUAGCAUAACAGUAGGUUUGGAGCAGAAAUCAAUUUUCUACAGAGCUUCUUAAAGAGUGAUCCCCUUGGGCUCUGUAACUCACCGAAGUAUUACUGCUCUGCAGCCUGUCUGUUAACUGUGUCAGGAGGACAGAUGGGCAAGUGUGUGUGUGUGUGUGUUGUACAUGGCAUAGAUGGUGAAUGAAGCUGUGUAACUACAACCACAGUCGUUAACAUACCGUAUACAGGAAUAAAGACAGCUGUAUGCCUCUCAUUGCGCCUAAAUGACUACAGCAUUACCUGAUGCAUAGUUAUUUACACAGUUUUGGUCUUUAAGCAGCAUUUCGCACAAUGGUGAUGGGUUCAAAACAUCUGUCUUAAAGUGUGUAAAAAGCAGGCUUGCAUGUUGAUUUAAAAAAAAUUCUAUCUGAAUAGAGAUGGGAUGCAUAAAUGUACUAGUUUUGUCUAAAGUUUUGUUUAUCCUGCCAAGGGCUAGUAGUUUGUCGACUGAUUGCCAACUUAUUCUUGUCCUUUUAGUUGUUUUUUUGCCGCUACCAAAAACCUGAAUCUGUUUUUAUUUAUUUAUUUUUUUAUUCAUACUGACCUUUAGUGUACUAGUUAAACUUUAAUGAUUUUUUUUUUUUUUAAAUGGUUGGGCUCAGCUUACAGUUUGAUAAAAAUGUGUAUUUCAUGCCUAGGUUUAGUCAUAAUUUGCUUUCAGUCACUUGAAACAUGCUCGUGUGUGUCCUCUAUGUUUAUCAUUGACAUUGCUGAUUAGGUUUAGGCUCAGAUUAGACGUGUCUGAUGAGCUGUUGGUGUGAGAGCCAGAAAAUGAAGAUGGGGUUUUGUAUUCGUUUGACAGCGGAGACGCUAGACAGAUGGAGACAAAUGGGAGCUGUCCCUCUGUUGUCUAGCUAACAUUCAUAACCAUUCACAGGCUUUAUCAGCAUAACAUACACACACCUGUCUCUCUGCUACUCUUUGUAACUUUACAAAAUUAAGGGCAACAAUGCAAGGUAUCUUAUUUGUUGUUGCCUCUGAGGGCAGACCUUGGUUAUACAACAAUCUACAGCAAUUCAUACCACACUGUAGUAGCAUACUGUGUGUUUUAAAUAUACACACAAAAGAUAGAGGCUGCAAUGGGAAGACUGUUGGAAGGUCAUUGUGACAGCCAAAGUAAUAGCCAAUUUAGAGAUGGAUUGGAGCUGUUCAACCAUGAUGGUUAUUUUUUUUAUUAUUUUUUUAAAUGUAGAGGGAGAGACAGAUGGAGAUUUUGUGUGUGUGUGUGUGUGUGUGUGUGUGUGUGUGUGUGUGUGUGUGUGUACGCUUGUGUUGGCUUGUCAGUCCUCUGCUCUUACUCUUUCCAGGUUGGUCUCACAACUUCAUAGGGGGAUGUGGUUGCCGUGGCAGCACCAAGUUGGCUCAACAUGCUCAGUGGUGCCUCUGUUCUUCUAUUAUUCCUGUCAGACAGCUAACUUGCUUCUCCCAAUAAUGUAUUCAAAGCAGUGUUUUUUACUCUUUGGUGUUUGUUCUGUGUCCCCGUGGCUUGUGCUGCUGUGAAUAGGCUUUUAGAAAGCUGCUGUUUUUUGUGUUUCCGUUUGUCUCAUCUGCGCAAGGUGUCAUCAGUGUUCAGUGUUCAUCACAGGCAGAUGUGCGCUCUGUCCGUUGUCGUCUGUUUUGGGUGUCAGUGAGGUAAAUGGCAGAAAUGACAUUUAGGUAAAAGCAGAGAAAUGACAGGAAUGUCAAGAAGCAGGUCUCUGUGGUGUUGGCCUGCAUUUUUGUUUGUCAGUGUAUGCUGUACUGUGGACCUGUGUUUGUGUUUCAGAUGCUGGACAGUUUGUAAUGACAUGAGCAUUGAAUUUCACACAGGGAUUUAGAGCUAAAAAAAAAAAAAAAAAGAACAGUGGUGC